AUGGAAUCCCUUAUAAUUCCCAUAUACUGUAUUCUCCCUACAAUCCCCCGCAGUAAGCUAAGAGAGGCUGUGCUGGCCUUUCAUGGUGGCCAUGCUCUUGCUGAACUUGGAUCCUGGCUGCUGGCUGCAGAUGGCGCAGACUCCCUUGGGCCAUGGUCAAUCGUGGUCAUAUUUGCUUGCUUCCUUUAUCUGCAGAGCUACCUCAAAGAGUGUGUCACUCUGCCCCCCGACUACAUCUCCACCCUGUCAUUCUUCUUCCCAGUGUUCCCAGCCUACGAUGCUGCAGUGGCAUUGAGCUGCCUGGAAUUCUUCCUUGAGUGGAAGUACUUCCCAGACUUCAAGCUCUGGACGCCCAUUGUGGUCCUGGGCCUGGUGUCCAUGGCAGUAGGCCAGGGCUUGGUCACAUGGGCUGCUCGCGUGGCGGACCGAAACUUUUGGGCCUCAACGCGAGAAUUGGAGGAGGAUGAGCUAGUGGGCUUGGAGAUUCCAAAUCGGCGCGUCGUCCGCGAGGGCCCUUAUGCCUGGGAGCGCCAUCCUGCCUACAUGGGUACGCAGUUGGCCUUGUGCAACCCGGCUAUGCUGGUCAUCGUUGCGUUUGUGCUUUGGGCAUCUCUGCUGCAUGUGACCAUGGAGGAGGAGAAGGAGCUCUUUGACGAGUUUCCAGGCCUCUAUGUGAACUACUCCGCCCUGACCAGCUGCUGGAUUCCGGGCUUCCCGCCAUUGCUGGAGAACUCGGCCUUCCAGCGCGAGAUGGACGACAAUGCUCCAGAGCAGGAAGGCGACGACCUCCUGGAGCAGGCCGAGCUGGAAGCAUACAGCUACAGUUGCUGA